AUGCGAAGGGAAGGGGAGCUCAGAACCAAGAUCCAAGAGGCAGUGACCCAGAUGGAGAGAUUCAAAACGAAAAAGUUGCUGGUGUACUAUGGAGGGCAUGACCAAGCACUGUCCGAAAUGCAAACAGUGAUUCGGGAUCGUGGCUUUGUGUUGGAAGACGAGAUUAUGCGUGCGGUGGAACUGAGGGGUCUGCAGCAUGUCUGCAUCAUUGUAAUCCUGGACACCUGCAGAGACGAGGCAUACGGAAGAUUCGAAUCAGAAGAAGUGCCGGGACCAGACGAAACAAAUCUCUAUGUGUUUGUGAACUUUUGCAAGUACGGUGAGACGCUGCCAGAUUCUGGCCUGGUGCCAGCAGCGCUAAUUUACUUGAUGCAGGCCCAGGCAAAGUGUUCAGUCCCGGAUUUCCCAAAUCGGCUGGACACGCUGCUCCACCACCUAACGGUUGGUCGGCUCAAAAUGGAACUGACGGAGCUGCGUGGAGUUCACGCGCUACACGAUAUGUUUCCACUUGAAUGCCUGCAGAAGGAGUUGCCGUGGGAGCGCGAGAAUGUGAAGGUACUGGAGGAGGCACAUGUCAUUGCCUUGCGGAAGUCCUUUUGCUUGUGGGGCUGCUUGGACCUUUUAGUUGACCAAGAGGUAAGCUUCAUAGUGGACGAAGCUGGAGAGCAGCCUGAAGAGGCUGACUUCAAUGAGAACUUCUAUGGAGAUCUACAGUGCAAGAUUGAACAGCUGCGGAGGAUAGGCAAAACCUUCCAUGACAGGUAG